AUCGGAGUGGAGUUCAUGUUCAUCAACGACAUGGAGCAGUGUCAGUGGAUCAGGAAGAAGUUCGAGACUCCGGUCAUGCAGUUCAGUCUGGAGGAGAAGAGGACUCUCCUGGCCCGAAUGAUCCGAGCCACCAGGUUCGAGGAGUUCCUCCAGAGGAAGUGGUCUUCGAGAGAAACGCUCGGUCUGGAGGGAUGCGAGUCGCUGAUCCCGGCUCUGAAGACGAUCAUCGACAAGUCGAGUCAGAGCGGGGUGGAGAGCGUGAUCAUGGGGAUGUCUCACAGAGGAAGACUGAACGUUCUUGCUAACGUGAUCCGGAAAGAGUUGGAACAAAUCUUCUGCCAGUUUGACUCCAAACUGGAGGCUGCAGACGAGGGUUCAGGUGAUGUGAAGUAUCAUUUGGGGAUGUAUCACAAGAGGAUGAACCGAGUCAGCGACCGUCAGAUCACGCUGUCUCUGGUGGCGAACCCGUCCCACCUGGAGGCGGUGGACCCGGUGGUUCAGGGGAAGACCAAAGCUGAGCAGUUCUACUGCGGAGACACGGAGGGCAAGAGGGUGAUGUCUAUUCUGCUUCACGGCGACGCUGCGUUUGCAGGACAGGGCAUCGUGUACGAGACGUUCCACCUGUCAGACCUGCCAUCCUACACCACACACGGCACCGUGCACGUGGUGGUCAACAACCAGAUCGGUUUCACCACAGAUCCCCGCGUGGCGCGUUCCUCUCCGUACCCCACAGACGUCGCUCGAGUCGUCAACGCUCCCAUCUUCCACGUCAACGCAGACGACCCGGAGGCGGUGAUGUACGUGUGCAAGGUGGCGGCGGAGUGGAGGAACACCUUCCACAAAGACGUGGUCGUAGAUCUGGUUUGUUACAGACGUAACGGUCACAACGAGAUGGACGAGCCCAUGUUCACACAGCCGCUCAUGUACAAGCAGAUCAAGAAGCAGAAAGGAGUCCUGAAGAUGUUCGCGGAGAAGCUGAUCGCUGAGGGAGUCGUCUCUGCACAAGACUACGAGGAGGAAGUAGCGAUGUACGACAAGAUCUGUGAAGAAGCGUACACUCGCUCCAAAGACGAGAAAAUCCUCCACAUCAAACACUGGCUGGACUCGCCGUGGCCUGAGUUCUUCACUCUGGACGGCCAGCCCAGAACGAUGAGCUGCCCCUCCACCGGCAUCAGCGAAGACGAGCUCGCCCACAUCGGAAACAUCGCCGCGUCUGUCCCGGUGGAGGACUUCACCAUACACGGAGGUCUGAGUCGUAUCCUGAAGGGCCGGGAGAACAUGGUGAACCAGAGGGUGUGCGACUGGGCUCUGGGGGAGUACAUGGCGUUUGGUUCUCUGCUCAAAGAAGGGAUCCAUGUGCGUCUGAGCGGACAGGAUGCAGAGCGAGGAACGUUCAGCCAUCGUCAUCACGUGCUCCACGACCAGAACGUGGAUAAGAGGAUCUGCAUCCCGAUGAACUACAUCUCCCCUGAUCAGGCUCCGUACACCGUCUGCAACAGCUCCCUGUCUGAGUAUGGAGUCCUGGGUUUCGAGUUGGGCUUCGCGAUGGCCAGCCCCAACGCUCUGGUCCUGUGGGAGGCCCAGUUCGGAGACUUUAACAACACGGCUCAGUGCAUCAUCGACCAGUUCAUCAGCUCGGGUCAGGCCAAGUGGGUCCGGCAGAACGGCAUCGUGCUGCUGCUUCCUCACGGCAUGGAGGGAAUGGGUCCAGAGCACUCCUCCGCUCGCCCUGAAAGGUUCCUGCAGAUGUGCAACGAUGACCCCGAUGUGUUCCCGAAACUGUCGGAGGACUUCGCCGUGCGUCAGCUCUACGACUGUAACUGGAUCGUCGUCAACUGCUCCAAUCCUGCGAACUACUUCCACGUCCUCCGCAGACAGAUCCUGCAGCCCUUCAGGAAGCCUCUGAUCGUUUUCACUCCCAAGUCGCUGCUGCGUCACCCUGAGGCCCGGUCCAGCUUCGAUGACAUGCUGCCAGGGAAACACUUCAAGCGUGUGAUCCCUGAUGACGGACCGGCGGCGUCCAGCCCGGAGAACGUGAAGAGAGUCGUUUUCUGCACCGGGAAGAUUUACUACGAGCUGACGAGGGAGCGCAAGAACAGAGGCAUGGACGACUCUGUGGCUGUCGUCCGCAUAGAGCAGCUCUCCCCGUUCCCGUUCGAUCUGGUGAAAUCCGAGUCGGAUCUUUACCCGAACGCCGAUCUGGUUUGGUGUCAGGAGGAGCACAAGAACCAGGGUUACUACGACUACAUCAAGCCCCGCAUCCGCACCAUCAUCAACCGCAGCCGCCCCGUCUGGUACGCCGGUCGAGAUCCAGCAGCAGCUCCGGCAACCGGGAACAAGCAAACCCAUCUGAGCGAGCUGCAGCGUUUACUGGACACGGCGUUCGAUCUGGAAGCUUUCUCAGGGACAGUCUAAGAAACAGUUUCUUAUUUCCCGCUGCACUCGGCACAUCCACGAUCCCACCAGAGUGAUGUCCGUGACCUCCUGCUGGACAGAUAUCAGGCGUCAUUUAUUGAUUUGUGUUCAAAUAUUUGUCCUAGAAUCAAAUUCA